UGACGUCAGAUCGGGCACUGUGUUCCCACGUGAGCGCCGCAGCGCGUGUGCUGAGAGAUGAUCUGAUUCAGUAAAUACAGGAAUAUUACCUCCCGGUUUAUAUCAGAUUUACCGCGCAGGGUUCAGCCUGGAAACUGCAGCAGCGCGCGGGGUACAGCCUGUCUACUGAUACUGAGUUUAGUGUUUAGGGUUAGUUAUAGUGUUAGUGUCGGGUGUUCAGUGUAACUGAUAUUAAAUAGUAAAGUGUGAGCUGUUGUGUUCCUCCUGCUGCUGCUCAGGGCUUCUGAUCCGGUUCAGAUCAGCAUGGCGACGGUUCGGAAGAAGGUGGAUAACCGGAUCCGGGUGCAGAUCGAGAACGGAGUGGCGCUUCAUCACCGCAGCCUGUUUGUGGUGGUGGGAGAUCAUGGUCGAGAUCAGGUUGUCAUCCUGCACCAUAUGCUGUCCAAAGCUACAGUGCGAGCAAGACCAUCAGUCCUUUGGUGUUAUAAGAAAGAGCUUGGCUUUAGCAGUAAUCGUAAGAAGAGGAUGCGACAGCUGCAGAAAAAGAUAAAAACAGGCACGCUGAACCUGAAGCAAGACGAUCCCUUCGAGCUUUUUAUUGCUGCCACCAACAUCCGCUACUGCUACUACAACGAAACCCACAAAAUCCUUGGCAACACAUACGGCAUGUGUGUUCUUCAGGAUUUUGAGGCUUUGACUCCUAACCUCCUGGCGAGAACUGUGGAGACAGUGGAAGGUGGAGGCAUUGUGGUGAUUUUGUUGAGGACCAUGAACUCACUGAAGCAGCUCUAUACAAUGACCAUGGAUGUUCAUUCCCGCUACCGGACUGAGGCCCAUCAGGACGUUGUUGGACGGUUUAAUGAAAGGUUUAUCUUGUCCCUGUCCUCCUGUCAGACCUGCGUUGUUAUCGAUGACCAACUGAAUGUUCUGCCGAUCUCCAAGCACAUUGCAAAUGUCAAACCUGUCCCACCUAAAAAUCAGGAGGAGGGUCAGUCGUCAGGGGAGCAGGAGCUGCAGGACCUGAAGGAAUCGCUGCAGGACACUCAACCCGUGGGUGUUCUAGUGGACUGCUGCAAAACCAUGGACCAGGCAAAAGCUGUGCUAAAGUUCAUUGAAGCGAUAUCUGAAAAGACUCUGAGAAGCACUGUCGCCCUCACUGCUGCCAGAGGCCGGGGCAAGUCUGCAGCUCUGGGGCUGGCUGUGGCCGGAGCUGUGGCCUUCGGAUAUUCCAACAUCUUUGUUACGUCGCCCAGCCCAGACAAUCUGCACACAUUGUUUGAGUUCAUAUUCAAAGGCUUUGAUGCCCUGCAGUAUCAGGAACAUCUGGAUUAUGAAAUUAUCCAGUCUUUAAACCCCGAGUUUAAUAAAGCUGUGGUCAGAGUCAACAUAUUUAAGGAACAUCGACAGACCAUUCAGUACAUCCACCCCGCUGACGCAGUGAAGUUGGGUCAGGCCGAGCUGGUGGUGAUUGAUGAGGCUGCUGCCAUCCCGCUGCCCCUGGUGAAGAAACUGCUCGGCCCUUACCUGGUGUUCAUGGCCUCUACAAUCAACGGGUAUGAGGGCACGGGACGUUCGCUUUCUCUUAAGCUGAUUCAGCAGCUCAGGCAGCAAAGCGCCGACAGCCAGCAGAGUCUCUCCGCUGAAAACAGAACAACCAGCACAGCCAGACUGGCAGCAGCACGUUCCCUCCAUGAGGUGUCUCUCAGUGAGUCCAUCCGCUACGCUCCAGGAGACCCUGUAGAAAAGUGGCUGAAUGAACUGCUGUGUCUGGACUGUCUGAGUGUUCCUCACAUCAUCUCCGGCUGCCCCCUGCCUGAAACCUGUGACCUGUACUACGUUAACAGAGACACUUUAUUCUGUUACCACAAAGCGUCCGAGGCCUUCCUCCAGCGGCUUAUGGCCCUCUAUGUAGCUUCUCACUACAAGAACUCCCCCAAUGACCUGCAGCUGCUCUCAGACGCUCCAGCUCACCACCUCUUCUGCCUGCUCCCUCCUGUUUCACCCACACACAACUCUUUACCGGAGGUCUUAGCAGUUGUGCAGGUGUGUCUGGAGGGAGAGAUUUCCCGCCAGUCAAUCCUCAACAGCUUAUCCAGAGGGAAAAAAGCAUCCGGAGACCUGAUCCCGUGGACUGUGUCUGAGCAGUUUCAGGACGCAGAGUUUGGAGGCCUCUCGGGGGGGAGGGUGGUCCGAAUUGCAGUGAACCCUGACUACCAGGGGAUGGGUUAUGGAAGCCGUGCCCUGCAGCUGCUGGAGCUUUACUAUAAGGGACAGUUUCCUGUAUUAGAUGAGAGGGAACGGCCGACCGCCAGUAAAAUCACCUCUGUUAGUAGCGAGGCCGUCAGUCUGCUGGAGGAGGUGGUGUCUCCGCGGACGGAUCUGCCCCCGCUCCUGUUGAAGCUGAGCGAGAGGACAGCAGAGCGGCUGGACUACCUGGGCGUGUCGUAUGGUCUGACACCACAGCUGCUCAAGUUUUGGAAGAAAGCUGGAUUUGUUCCUGUUUACUUAAGACAAACUCCAAAUGACCUGACGGGGGAGCACUCCUGCGUGAUGUUAAAGGAGCUGAACACAGAGGAUUCAGAGGGACAGUGGCUGCCUGCCUUCUGGAAAGAUUUUCGUCGGCGGUUUCUGUCACUACUUUCGUACCAGUUCAGCACCUUUAGUUCUCCUUUAGCCCUGAACAUUCUACAAAACAAGAAAAUCAAGGACGACAGCCCAGCAGCACUCAACAGUGGGGAGUUAGCUGCCCAGUUUACACCGUAUGAUCUGAAGCGUUUGGAAAUGUACUCGAGGAACAUGGUUGACUAUCAUCUCAUCAUGGACAUGGUCCCUGCCGUCGCCCGAAUGUUCUUUCUCAAACAGCUGGGCGAUAUCUCCCUCUCUGCAGCUCAGUCUGCUCUGCUCCUGGGUGUUGGGCUGCAGCACAAGACUGUAGAUGACCUGGAGAAGGAGAUUGAGCUGCCCAGCUCUCAGCUCAUGGGACUGUUCAAUCGCCUCAUUCGCAAGGUGGUACAGUUUCUAAACACACUCCAGGAAAAGGCAGUAGAGGCACAGAUGGUUGCAAUCAAAGACAUUAACCUGGAACCAACUAUUCGUCCACUGCAUGAAGAUCUGGAGGAGGCAGCUAAAGAAUUUCAGGAGAAACACAAAAAGGACAUGGAGAAGAUUAAGGAUAUGGAUCUCUCUCAGUACAUGAUCCGAGGAGACGAUGAAGAAUGGGACCAAGUGCUGAAGAAAGCAGGGCAUACAGCUAUCGUGAGCAUAAAGAGUGACAAGAAGAGGAAAUCAGAGGGCACAAAUAAAGAGCAAUGGCAAAGCAAGAAGCUGAAGAAGAACAAAGACAAAAGCGGAAAAUUUGGAAAGAAAGCUUAACUGUUGGACAAAAUUCUGAUCCGCCUGAUGGACUAUGUUUUCAUCUUCAACUUUUUCAUCUGUAAAAUCAAUACCUGAUCUGAGACUAGAUUAUGUAAAUCCACUUCAGUUUCGCCAUGUGUUUUAAUCAAAUGUAAAUGAAGUGCAGAACAUAUGUACUGAUAAAGGUUUUCUUAAAUGCUAAAAUCAAAGAGAUUUUUUUUUCCUGUUUUAGAGCUACUUUAACACCUUAACUUUGUGCAUCAUUUUGACCAGUGUACUGGACUACAUUCUCUACUGUGAGUGAAUAAAACCUUUUCACGGUA